AAAUAACCCAUCUCUCCCAGCUGGCUCUUCUUUUUUCUCUCUUCUUUUUAUCAUUCUUCCAUUGCCAUGCCUUCCCAAACCCAACAGCUUCACUUUGUGUUGUUUCCUCUUAUGGCCCAAGGCCAUAUGAUUCCCAUGAUAGACAUCGCAAGACUAUUAGCACAGCAUGGCGUGAUGAUCAGUAUAGUCACCACACCUCUCAAUGCUGCUAGAUUUAAAACAGUUCUUGCUCGUGCUGUAAAAUCUGGACUCAAAAUCCAGGUUUUUGAGCUCCAGUUUCCGUCCGAAAUUGCAGGCUUGCCAGAAGGGUGUGAGAAUUUUGACAUGCUGCCUUCACUGGAAAUGGGCAAACAAAUGUUCACAGCGAUUAUCGAGCUUGAAAAGCAAGCAGAUAAAUUGCUUGAAGAGCUAAUCCCUCAGCCAAGCUGUAUAAUCUCCGAUAUGUGUUUUCCAUGGACUGUUAGAGUUGCUAGCAAAUGGAAAGUUCCAAGGAUUUCUUUCAUUGGUUUUAGCUGCUUUUGCAUGUUGUGCUGCCACAACACGCGUGUUUCCAAGGUUCUAGAGAACAUAACCUCGGAAUCAGAAUAUUUCGCUGUUCCAGGCUUGCCUGAUAGUAUUAAAUUCACCAAAGCACAGAUGGCCUCUCUUGUGAAAUCGGAUGAAUUCGUCAAUCGAAUGAUUGCAGCUGAAAAGGACAGCUAUGGUAUAAUUAUAAACACUUUCGAAGAGUUGGAGGCGCCAUUCUUCCAACAAUACAAGAAAGCAGGGCAAUAUAAUAGAAUUUGGUGUGUUGGUCCUGUUUCGCAGUGCAACAAAGACACCUUGGACAAAGCUGAACGAGGUAAUGAGACAUGUAUCAAAGGACAUGAAUGUUUAAGGUGGCUCGACUCCUGGCAAACAGGAUCUGUAGUUUAUGCCUGUCUUGGAAGCCUUCCAAAUAUACCAACUUCACAACUGAUAGAGCUGGGCUUGGGCUUGGAGGCAUCCAACCGACCAUUUAUUUGGGUUGUAAGGGGAGGAGAAAGAUCAAAAGAAAUAGAGAAGUGGAUUUCAGAGACGGGAUUUGAAGAGAGAACCAAAGGAAGAGGUCUUGUGAUAUGCGGUUGGGCACCGCAAGUGAUGAUACUGUCACACCCUGCAGUGGGAGGUUUCCUAACACAUUGUGGUUGGAAUUCAACACUAGAAGCAAUAAGUAAUGGCGUUCCACUAAUCACAUGGCCACUCUUUGCAGACCAAUUUUCUAAUGAGAAGUUAGCAGUGCAGGUACUGAAGAUAGGUGUGAGAGUUGGGGUAGAGGUUCCUGAGAGGGGAGUGGAGGAAGGGCAGAAUGGUGUAUUGGUGAAAAGGGAAGAUGUUAAGAGGGCGGUGGAUGAUUUGAUGAAAGAAGGAGAGGAAAGCGAGGAAAGAAGAAGAAGAGUUAAGGAGCUCGCACUGAUGGCCAAGAAAGCGACUGAGAAAGGAGGUUCUUCUUCUCUCAACAUCAGACUUCUAAUCCAAGAUGUCACGCAGCAUGUAAACCUUGAGCAAACGAACUUAGGACAGGUUUAAAUAACCAUGCUAUUUGCGGUUCCGCAUAUAUUAUUCUUUUUUUUUUUUGGACAAUCAGAACUUUUUGUUUGUUGAAAAAAAAAAAAAGAUCCCUUUUGGAUGCUGAAAAUAUUUUCUGCACCUGUGUCAAAAUUGAAACGCUCAUUAAAUACCCAAGCUUUUGUUGCAAAGGCAUGGUAGUGUACGUCGCUCUAUGUUUCUAUAGUGUUUCGAUUAAGCUAAAAUUAGUAAUUUGUCCGCAAAUUAUGA